UGACCGCGGGACAGUGAAAAACAACUUCCUGAGACACAAAGGGCAGCCGAGCACAGAGAACAGCGCGCCGAGAGAGCAGCCGAGCACAGAGGGGUAACAGCGCGCCGAGAGAGCAGCCGAGCACAGAGGGGUAACAGCGCGCCGAGAGAGCAGCCGAGCACAGAGGGGUAACAGCCGAGCACAGAGGGGUAACAGCGCGCCGAGAGAGCAGCCGAGCACAGAGGGGUAACAGCGCGCCGAGAGAGCAGCCGAGCACAGAGGGGUAACAGCGCGCCGAGAGAGCAGCCGAGCACAGAGGGGUAACAGCGCGCCGAGAGAGCAGCCGAGCACAGAGGGGUAACAGCGCGCCGAGAGAGCAGCCGAGCACAGCGGGGUAACAGCGCGCCGGAGGAAACUGCUACACAUAUACAAGCGAUUUAUUGCCCAGAGUGUUUAUCUGUGCAACGUCGCGAGUCACAGAGGAUCACGGAAUCGAAACAGAACCAUUGUCUGAAACCGCUGUGGCCGUGACUCCUGUGUGACCCGCGAUGGACACUACUGGUCUGACUCGUGGUGUUUUGGGCUCCGGACCCUCGGACGGGAACUUCUCGUCUCUCUGCCCCAACGGGUCUGUGUGGGUGUGGGAGGGGCUGCGGGAGUGUGCUGAGGACAGCCGGGACAUGGCCAGCUUGAUCCUGGGGCUGCUCUCCAUCGUGUGCUUCAUGGUGUCAUCACUGCCGCAGUAUCACAGGUCCUGUAAGUCUGGCAAUAUGGACCAGGCCUUGUCAAUAUGGUUCCUAUUGGGCUGGCUGGGAGGAGAUUCCUGCAAUCUGAUUGGCUCCUUCCUGGCUGAUCAGCUUCCUUUGCAGAGCUACACUGCAAUGUACUACGUGGUGGCAGACCUGGUGAUGCUGGGGCUCUACCUUUACUACAAGAUGAAGAACAGGAACACAGAGCAACGUAGUGGAGUGUUGAACGCAGUGGGUGUGUUCUCUCUUCUCGGAGUCUCAGCCUCCCUGUCACUCUUCAAGGGGGCGGGGCUGCACAGUGACACAUCCCCAGGGUUCAGAGGUCGUGUGCUGCUGUCCUUCGCUGUGGAGUAUAAGAGGAAGUCAACUGCAGGUGUGUCCUUCUUCCUGUUUGCGCUGGUGAUUCUGGGAAACAUGAUGUACGGACUGAGCGUGCUCCUGAAGAACCCGGAGCGUGGACAGGCUGAGGGGAACUACGUGCUGCACCACCUGCCUUGGCUGAUAGGGAGCCUGGGGACCCUGAGCCUGGACAUCAUCAUUGCCCUGCAGUUCCUGAUGUAUCAAAACCCGCCCUUUCCUUGA